GUCUAGACUGGACAGCAUCUACAAGAGAAGCACCUAGAAGGAGAAUUCCCAGCAGCUUGCUCAAGACCCUGCAGGAGCUGCACCCAAGGCUGGCCCCGCUGUUAACCAUGAACUCUUCCUGCUGCCUGUCCUCUGCUCAUCCGAUGCUGCCUAACCUCUCAGAGCACCCGGCAGCCCCUCCUGCCAGCAACCGGAGCGGCAGCGGGUUCUGCGAGCAGGUCUUCAUCAAGCCGGAGGUCUUCCUGGCACUGGGCAUCGUCAGCCUGAUGGAAAACGUCCUGGUGAUCCUGGCCGUGGUCAGGAAUGGCAACCUGCACUCUCCUAUGUAUUUCUUCCUCUGCAGCCUGGCUGCAGCCGACAUGCUGGUGAGCCUGUCCAACUCCCUGGAGACCAUCAUGAUCGCCGUCAUCAACAGCGACUCCCUGGCCCUGGAGGACCAGUUCAUCCAGCACAUGGACAACAUCUUCGACUCUAUGAUCUGCAUCUCCCUGGUGGCCUCCAUCUGCAACCUCCUGGCCAUCGCUGUGGACAGGUAUGUCACCAUCUUCUAUGCCCUUCGCUACCACAGCAUCAUGACAGUGAGGAAAGCCCUCACCCUGAUCGGGGUCAUCUGGGUCUGCUGCGGCGUCUGCGGUGUCAUAUUCAUCAUCUACUCCGAGAGCAAGAUGGUCAUCGUGUGUCUCAUCACCAUGUUCUUCGCCAUGGUGCUCCUCAUGGGCACCCUGUACAUCCACAUGUUCCUCUUCGCAAGGCUGCACGUCCAGCGCAUCGCGGCGCUGCCCCCUGCUGACGGGGUAGCCCCGCAGCAGCACUCCUGCAUGAAGGGGGCGGUCACCAUCACCAUCCUGCUGGGCGUUUUCAUCUUCUGCUGGGCGCCUUUCUUCCUCCACCUGGUCCUCAUCAUCACCUGCCCCACCAACCCCUACUGCAUCUGCUACACGGCCCAUUUCAACACCUACCUGGUCCUCAUCAUGUGCAACUCCGUAAUCGACCCCCUCAUCUACGCCUUCCGCAGCCUGGAGCUGCGGAACACUUUCAAAGAGAUCCUCUGCGGCUGCAAUGGCGUGAACUUAGGCUAGCAUGCCUGCGGAGGCUCUCCGCAUCUAGCCAAGAGACAGAAACAACACUCAGACGAGACCUCAGGAUGUGAGGAGCUGGAACUGUGCUUGGCUUUGUCGGUAAACUGGCAGCCCUUUGCAAAGGGGGCGUGGCACAGGAUGGGCUGCCUGCGGGGAUCUGUGUGUGGGUAAGUCGGCGUCUGACCUAUCACAUAGCCUGGAAGAGUCAGGCAAGGCAGCCCUGAGUGUCAUCUGUGUCCUUCUAGGCACCCAGGGCCUGUGGUUCCCACCUGCUCAUUUGCUUUGUACCAGUAACUCUGUGUUUCAAGCCACGCAGACGGGAGGGCUCCUGCGAACAGAAACAGUGCUCAGACUUCUGCCCGCCAUCCCGGCUUCCAGAGGCCACCUCCAGCUGCCGGUGGCGUAGAGAGCUUGGCACAUCUUCUGUGGGAGGCUGAGUGAAGUCCUGAAAACAAUGUGAUGUGCUGCUCCCUUCCAGGACCUGCAUCUAUGCCAGUCUCCCCAAAAACCCUGCAUGGAGAACGUGACCCCCUCCUCUCUGUGCCGUGGUCGUGGUUGUGAUCAUUGUUGGGCGUUUCGUUCAUUAAAUCUAAGCUUCAAAACCU